AGUCAAACAUUCACGCAUGUUUAUACUUUAUUUACGGUUUGUGUUUUUCAGAACUGCUAAAAACAAAAUUGCGAUAUGAUUAUUUUUGAUAAAUUAUAAUAACUUACUUGGAAAAACCAUAACGUUCGAAAUGUGCGUUGGGAUAUAAUAAACAAAAUUUCAUUCCAAAAAAAUUCAUGGCUGUCAAUCACGCGUCAAUCACGUGCUGCCUUCACACUACAUUUAGUCGUGUUCUGAACAGCGAUGGAGACGCACGUAUCGACUACGCCAUACAUAGAAACGAAUCAAAGCAAAAUUGAAUUAGAGAAAGAAUUUAUAUUCGCAUGGAGGUCAUUCCCGGCUUUGUGGGACCCUAGAAAUCAAUACUACACAAAUAAAUAUAAAAGAUUAGAAUAUCUACACAAGCUUCUGGAGGUGUACCAAAAAAUUAAACCGAGCGCAACAACAGAUGACGUGCGGAAGAAGAUUAACAUAUUUAGAAGCAAUUAUAAAAGAGAAUUGAAUAAAAUAGAAGAAUCUAGAAAACGCGAUUGUGGUGACGUGGUCUACUCGCCGAGGGUGUGGUAUUUUCCAUUGUUGAAUUUCUUGACCGAAACCAAACAGUCCAUGAAGUUGCCCCAUAAUUCAUUCGAUUCUGAGGAAGAAGUGAAUACAUCGAGAGAAAUUGAAAAUUUGAACAGUGAUAUGACAGAAGAAACCAAGACGACCAUCACAAAUGUAGGGGAAAAAAGUAAAAUAAAAGAAGAAAUAUUUGAAGGACACGUCUGCGAGAACUAUGAAAACAUUUCAAAAAGAAGAAGAUGUGAAAAUCAAGAUAUACAAAGCAGUACUUCAGAUUCUUGGCCAAUGUGUUUAAAAAUGUCCGAAGAAUUUGAUUGUAUUAGCAGUUUCUUUGAUGGAAACAAUGUAACUCUAAGUCCGGAUACAUUGUCAGUUGUAUCGAAUACAGAUUAUCAGAACACCAGUCAGAAUUCUAUGAAUUUGGAGAACGACUUGAGUUUAUCACAAUUAACAAUAGAAGAGCCGGACCCAUUAAACAUACCGCCUUUCUUCAAUCUCACACCUCGCUUAAUGCCCGAAUCACCUCACUAUAUAAUAGAGGAGGAAUUCUCUCUCAACCCCUGGGCAAUGUUAGUAGCAACUAUAUUCCUAACAAAGACGUCCGGCAAAACAGCUAGGCCGUAUAUAAAGAGUUUUUUCACGGACUAUCCGACACCUUACCAAGUUUUGGAUGAAACUCCAUCGUCAUUAGAGAGGUUCUUCGAGAACUUAGGAUUAAAAAAACGUGGUAAUAUGAUUUGGAAGCUGAGUUACCAGUUCGUGUCUGGUAAAUGGCGGCGAGCUAGCGAUCUCUGUGGAAUCGGGAAGUAUGGGGAGGACGCUUAUAGGAUCUUUUGCUUAGGUCACACGGAUGUAAACCCUGACGAUAGAUAUUUAAAGCUCUAUUUAGAUUGGCUGCAGUGUCACACUGAGUUCAUAAAAGACAGUAGCGUAACUGACAGCGAAAACCUAUUACAAGAUCCGGUUCUGAAAUACUAUAGAAUUACUUUGAAAAGUAAUGUAUAAAAUAUUGUUAUAAUUAUUCUUUAUUUAAUAAAAGGAAUAAUGUGAAA